AUGUUUGUAUUGCUCCUCCUACUGCUGUUGUUUCUGUGCUGCGCCAGUGUGUGUAUUGCGCAGAAGGACGGCGGCGACGCGCCAUCGACUGGUGUUGUGCGGGAGUUGCCCCGCAAGGGACGGAGUGGUGUGCAGGCGUACACCGUCGCCACAUCAAAGAGGCAGUUGAUCCGCAUCAAGACGUCAAUGGAGGAUUUGAAGAAGAAGACGAAGUACUGCACCAAGAAGAAAGACACUUCAGGCGAGUGUGAAGAUCCGGAUAACUGCAACAAGGAUCACUUUGGUUUGACGAUGGGUUGUUUAUCUUGA